AGAAAUACACGCGCUCGUGCAUCCGGUAUUGGCAAAACAUUGCAAAAUACUGUCUUUUAAAACGUCGCUCGUGUCCAGUUGAGAGAAGCGCUGGGCAGAGCGUGUGUAAGUGUCUGCGUCAUCAUGGAAGCUACCGUUUGUUCUCUGUUGAGAUUUAGAUAGAGACUUCCGUCCUGUGGUAUUGGGAACUAGUCGUCAUCACACCUGGGACUGAAAACUGUAUAAUAUGGACGAGUCCACAUUAGUCUCCAUCAAGGAGGCAACGUCUGCUCAGACACUGGAAGAGACAAAAGCGGAAAAAUACCAGGACAUCUGCCACCAGUUUGGGUUCAUCCGCAGAGUAAAGGGAGACGGGAAUUGUUUUUACAGGGCUCUCUGCUUUACACUUGUAGAAAGCUUGCUACACAAUGAAAGCGCUAUACAACGAUUUAGGGACAUGCUGGUAAGAAGUCACCAAGUACUGCUUGCAGCUGGCUUUGAUGAAAGUGCUUUUAAAGAUUUAUUUAACACUUUUAACAGGGUACUGGAGCGAAUUGAAACAGAUGCCUGUGAAGAGACCCUGUUAAACCUUUUUAAUCACCAGGCUACCUCAGACAGCAUGGUGCAGUACCUGAGGCUGCUCACUUCAGCACACCUACAGAGCAAUGCUGAUUUCUUCCAGCACUUUGUGGAGGCUCCAAAUUUAAAAGCUUACUGCACUCAGGAAGUAGAAGCCAUGGCGAUGGAAUGUGAUCAUGUGGAGAUCCUGGCUUUAUCUGAGGAGUUGGACAUUAGUCUGUGUAUUAUAUCCAUGGAUGGCAGUGAUGGCCACCUUACAUACCACACCAUUCCAGAGGGAUCUCAACCUUCCCUGUAUCUUCUUUACAAGACAUCUCAUUAUGACAUUCUUUACAAACACAGAGGGCAUUGGAAAUAAUGCUUGAACCAAACAGUCUGGAACCGAAUGUUGGACAGCCAUCUUCUGCAAGUGAAUAUUUCCUUAAAAUCAUGCAAAUGGCCAAUAACAAUCUUCGAACAUUUUUAUACAAUUUUCCCAACUGACCAUAAACAAGUAACUGUACUGUUAUGGUGGCAAUGUCCUAAUACAAAAAUGCAUAAAGACAGUUCAUGUAUCACUAAUGGUACAAAGGGUCUUGUUCUUUUGUAUAAAACUUUGAAUUAUAUCACCAACAUCUAGUAUAAAUAUAAACUACAUUUGCUGCCGUU